GCCUGUCUCUUUCAGCUUCCCCCUCGGCCCGCAAGCCGCUGCUGCGUCCUCGGGGGCCACUCCUGUCUUUCGGAAGUUCAUUUCUGUCGCUUGCAAGAGUGGAAAACGCCAGGCAGCCACCAUGUCCCAUGCUAAGCAAACCCGAGUGCUCCUUCUCAACGACAUGGAAAAGUUGGACAAGACCCUCUUCCGGCUGGAACAAGGUUUUGAGCUCCAGUUCCGACUGGGCCCCACUUUGCAAGGCAAACAUGUCACAGUGUAUACCAACUAUCCGGCUCCUGGAGCAGUGUUUGAUCGUCACAAGUUCAGAUCCCUGUCAUGGCACAACCCAACAGGAAAAGAAGAUGAUUCUGACAAAUACUGUAAACUAGAUCUCCAAAUUUCUGGAUCAUACCAGUAUUAUUUCAGUCAUGAAGCUCAGAAAAGUGGUGGAGGCUACAUAGUUGUGGACCCUAUUUUGCGUGUUGGUGCUGACAAUCAUGAAUUGCCCUUGGAUUGUGUUACACUCCAGACAUUCCUGGCAAAGUGUCUGGGACCAUUUGAUGACUGGGAGGAUUGUCUUAGAGUGGCAAAAGAAUCUGGUUACAACAUGAUUCACUUGACCCCAGUGCAGAAACUUGGACUAUCUAGAUCAUGUUAUUCAUUGGCUGACCAAUUAGAAAUAAAUCCUGAUUUUUCAAGCCCUAAUAGAAAGUGUUCUUGGAAUGAAAUCGGAAGACUAGUAGAAAAAAUGAAAAAUGAGUGGAAUAUGCUAUGUAUUACAGAUGUAGUCUACAAUCACACUGCUGCAAACAGUGAAUGGAUCACUCACCAUCCAGAAUGCGCAUACAAUCUUGUCAAUUCUCCUCACUUGAAACCAGCCUGGCUUUUGGACAGAGCCCUUUGGCAUUUAACCUGUAAGAUGGCUGCUGGCAAAUGCAGUGACAAAGGGGUGCCUCCAUUGAUUGAAAACGAGCAUCACUUGAAUUGUAUACGUAAAGUCAUUUAUGAGGAUGUUUAUCCCAAGAUAAGAUUAUGGGAAUUCUUCCAAGUAGAUAUUAACAAAGCAGUGCAACAAUUUAAAACUCUUUUAACUCAAGGUGGCUCAAAAGUUAAAACUGAUCCCAGUCAGCAUCUUGCUAUCAUUCAGGAUCCUGAAUUUAAGAGACUCGGAUGUACUGUAGAUAUGAACAUUGCACUGAACACGUUCAUACCACAUAGCAAUGGGCCUGCUGCAAUAGAAGAGUGUUGUAAGUGGUUCCGAAAGCGAAUCGAGGAGCUAAAUGGUGAACAGUACCGGCAAACAAAUUACCACCAAGAGCAGGCAGUUAUUUGCAUCUUGGCAACAGUGAACUAUGAACGACUGGCCGGUCAUGGUCCUAAGCUAGGUGCUAUAACUAGAAAGAAUCCUUUAGUUACAAGGUACUUUACCUACCCAUUUAAAGAAUUAACCCUAGAAGAAGACGAAGCUAUGAUUCAUCAGCCUGAUAAAGCGAGUUAUUUCAUGGCCCAUAAUGGCUGGGUAAUGGGAGAUGAUCCUCUGAGAAACUUUGCUGAACCAGGUUCAAAUGUCUACUUGAGAAGGGAGCUUAUUUGCUGGGGUGACAGCGUGAAACUGCGUUAUGGGAACAAACCACAAGACUGUCCAUAUCUCUGGGCUCACAUGAAAAAAUAUACUGAAAUGACUGCCAAAUAUUUCCAUGGUGUACGUCUUGACAACUGUCACUCAACACCUCUUCAUGUGGCUGAGUACAUGCUGGACACGGCUAGAAAAUUGCGGCCCAAUUUGUAUGUAGUGGCUGAACUGUUCACUGGAAGUGAGGAGCUGGAUAAUGUCUUUGUGAAUAAGCUGGGCAUUAGCUCUUUAAUAAGAGAGGCAAUGAGUGCGUACAACAGUCAUGAAGAGGGAAGAUUAGUUUACCGCUUUGGAGGAGAGCCAGUUGGAUCUUUUGUGCAGCCACGUUUGAGGCCUCUGAUGCCAGCCAUCGCUCAUGCUCUGUUCAUGGAUAUUACGCAUGAUAAUGAAUGUCCAAUUCAACAUCGAUCAGCUUAUGAUGCCCUUCCCAGCUCCACAAUUGUUUCCAUGGCGUGCUGUGCUACAGGAAGCACUAGAGGGUAUGAUGAACUGGUGCCACAUCAGAUUUCAGUGGUCUCUGAAGAGCGAUUUUAUGCAAAGUGGAAUCCAGCAGCAGUACCCUCGACACCUGGGGAAGUUAAUUUCAAAACUGGGAUUAUAGCAGGAAGACAAGCGAUCAACAGAUUACACCAAGAGCUAGGAGCUAAAGGUUUUAUUCAGGUGUUUGUAGAUCAAGUUGAUGAGGAUAUCGUGGCUGUGACAAGACAUUGUCCCAACACACACCAGUCUGUCGUAGCUGUUUCCAGAACGGCUUUCAGAAAUCCCAAAACUUCCUUUUAUAGCCAAGAAGUUCCCCAGAUGUGCAUUCCAGGCAAAAUUGAAGAGGUGGUUCUUGAGGCUAGGACUGUUGAAAGGAAUGCUGGCCCAUAUAAGAAAGAUGAACACUCAAUCAAUGGAUUGCCUGAUUAUACAGUUGAGCUUCGAGAACACAUCCAGCUCAAAGAAAGCAAAAUCAUAAAGCAAGCUUCAGUUACUACAAAAGGCCCCAAUGAAUUUGUUCAAGAAAUAGAAUUUGAAAAAUUAACACCAGGCAGUGUGAUUAUAUUUAGAGUUAGUCUUGAUCCGAAGGCACAAGAAGCUGUGGGAAUACUACGUAAUCAUUUGAUCCAGUUCAGUCCUCAUUUUAAAUCUGGAAGUUUUCCUGAUGAUAAUUCAGAACCUAUACUCAAAACGCCAUUCUCAGUUAUUGCAUCAACAUUAACGUUGGCAGACCUCAAUCAGGUAUUAUAUCGAUGUGAUUCUGAGGAACAAGAGGAUGGUGGGGGAUGUUAUGACAUACCAAACUGGACACCCCUAAAGUAUGCAGGCCUACAAGGAUUAAUGUCAGUGAUGGCAGACAUACGACCAAAGAAUGAUUUAGGACACCCUUUUUGUGGUAACUUGAGAUCUGGAGACUGGAUGAUUGACUACGUAAGUGACCGGCUCAUUUCUCGGACUGGAGCCUGCACUGAAGUUGGCAAGUGGUUCAAAGCAAUGUUUAUCUACUUGAAGCAGAUUCCUCGUUACCUCAUUCCGUGUUACUUUGAUGCCAUAUUAGUUGGUGCCUAUACAACUCUUCUUGAUUUGGCUUGGAAGCAGAUGUCUAGCUUUGUUCAGAAUGGAUCAACAUUUGUAAAACAUCUUUCCUUGGGUUCAGUCCAGAUGUGUGGAAUAGGAAAAUAUCCUUCGUUGCCACCUCUUUCUCCUGCCAUUCAAAAUGUUCCCUACAGACUGAAUGAAAUUACAAAAGAAAGAGAACAGUGCUGUGUUUCUUUAGCAGCUGGUUUACCUCAUUUUUCAUCUGGCAUCUUCCGCUGUUGGGGAAGGGACACGUUUAUUGCCCUGAGAGGUCUGAUGUUGGUUACUGGACGGUACUUAGAAGCAAGGAACAUAAUUUUAGCAUUUGCUGGUACCAUGAGACAUGGCCUUAUUCCCAACUUGCUUGGUCAGGGCACUCAUGCAAGAUUCAAUUGCCGUGAUGCUGUGUGGUGGUGGCUUCAGUGUAUUCAGGAUUACUGCAGAAUUGUUCCCAAUGGUACCGAGAUUCUUAGGUGUCCUGUUUCCAGAAUGUAUCCUACAGAUGACUCCCCUCCUCAGCCAGCAGGCAAACAGGAUCAGCCACUAUAUGAAGUGAUACAGGAAGCUAUGCAGAGACACAUGCAAGGCAUACAGUUCCGGGAAAGAAAUGCUGGCCCACAGAUAGAUCGAAACAUGAGAGACGAAGGUUUUAAUGUGACUGCAGGUGUGGAUGCAGAGACUGGCUUUGUCUAUGGUGGGAACCGUUUCAAUUGUGGUACAUGGAUGGAUAAGAUGGGGGAGAGCGAUAGAGCUCGCAAUAAAGGAAUUCCAGCAACGCCAAGAGAUGGUUCCGCUGUGGAAAUUGUUGGUUUGUGCAAAUCAACAGUUCGCUGGCUGCAUGAGUUGUCUAAGAAAAAUGUAUUUCCUUAUUCUGGAGUUACUGUGAAAAGGCAAGGUACAGAGGAGACCAUUACAUAUGAUCAGUGGAACAGAAGAAUCCAAGCACACUUUGAAAAGAUGUUCUUUGUCUCUGAGAACCCAGCAGAUCCUAAUGAGAAGCAUCCCACUCUGGUUCAUAAACGAGGCAUUUAUAAAGACAGCUAUGGAGCAUCAAGUCCAUGGUGUGACUAUCAACUAAGGCCAAAUUUCACCAUAGCAAUGGUUGUGGCACCUGAAAUGUUUUCUCCUGAAAAAGCUUGGAAAGCACUUGAAACUGCAGAGCAAAAGCUACUUGGUCCACUUGGCAUGAAAACAUUGGACCCAGAUGAUAUGGUCUACUGUGGUGUAUAUGACAAUGCCUUAGACAAUGACAAUUACAAUGUGGCUAAAGGAUUUAACUACCAUCAAGGACCUGAGUGGCUUUGGCCCAUUGGAUAUUUUCUUCGUGCCAAGUUGUACUUUGCCAAGUUAAUUGGUCCAGAGAUAUAUGCAAAGACUGUGUUUUUGGUUAAAAAUGUGCUUUCUCGACAUUAUGUUCAUCUUGAGAGGUCCUCUUGGAAGGGUCUUCCAGAACUGACAAAUGAAAAUGGGCAGUAUUGCCCUUUCAGCUGCGAAUCUCAGGCCUGGUCAAUUGCUGUCAUCCUUGAGGUUCUCUAUGACUUGUAACAGCGGCUGUCUCAAUGAAUCAGUUAACUUUGUUCUGAAUGAAAAUACCUUCGCUUGUCCUUUCAUUUAAAAAUGUCCUGCUUUUGCGCUGUCACACUGUAAACCUCCCUGGUUUCAGAAAGGGCCUGUGCUUGUUGUUCCUAAACACUUGUUUGUGUGUGCUCAUUCUUUACAAAUUGCACUAGAAUAUAUAUUUUAAAUUCCUAGCGAGGACUAGAACCUUGAUCAGCUAAAAGCACCUUUAUGGAGUAUAUAGUUAGAUAUAUCAUGAAUAAAUCAUUUAAAUGUGUAGUAGAGCUGGCUUUAAAGAAAUAAGACCUUCCUAUGCAGCAGGAUUUUAUUUUCGAGACCUAUGGAACACCCUGAUUUUUUGCAUUUAAAAUGAAGUUUGCAGUGCCUUUGGAAUCCCGUGACUGAAAGCCAAUUGAAGGAAUGCUGAGAACCCCAGUGGAUGUGGUCUGAGUUAAGGAGUGAAAGGGGGCAUGCAGGUGAGGUGCAUGGAACUCUUAUCCAAGCCCGCCACUUAACUUCUUUCACUCCCUUUUCCCAGACAAUGUUCCCCACCUCAUGUACAGGAUCAAAGCCUGGCUGAGGGAACAGUGAUGUCAGAAGUUGAGCUGUGAGCAGACGGCAGGUUCUGCUUUCCUUACUAAUGUAUCCUAUUUGCUUGUUUUAAAUUAGACUCUCAAGCUCCUCCACUGUCUGCAUGAUAACAGCAGAUUCAGGUUUAAAUACAUAGAUCUACACUGUAUUGUCUAGGUUGAUCCUAAGCAUUUUGGCCACAGUAGUGUGUCCCAAAAGUCUUGUUCUCACCAUGGUUUUCAUUCAUUUUGUCUUUGAAGUGAGUCAGAUUUACUAAGACUCUCUUUAUUGCACUUUGGUUUUAACACCAUUUUGUACAAACCUCCUUGUGCCACAGAACAACAUAGAUACUCACCAAAUUCCUGAAUAGACUGCAUUUAAGAGCAACCACGUUUUCUUGAGUUUUCUUGAGGUCUAGUUCAUAAAAGCAAUUUGUAAACAGACUUUUGUAUUUGAAUAACCAUGCCAGUAAUAUUAAGAAUUCUCUUUCCUGAAGGUAACAGUCACUGAAAUAAUGAUUGGCCAUCUGAUGUAAUGUGUUCAUGGCUAUAAAACUAAAUGAAAUUCUUAUCAAGGGGUGAAUCAGUUGAUCAGGAGCCAGUGAUGAGAUCCAGUGCUUCUGUUACUUCUUAAAAGCUGCUUUCAUCAUUCAACUAAUGGAUUUAGAAACAGUAGAAGUGGUAGCACUGAGCACCCUUUUAUUUGGGGAGCAAGAAUCCACACGGAAGUCACAGCACAAUGGCCAUGGUAAAUCACUUGCUGUGCUGGCUGACUUGAUUUGGUAGGAUGCUGCCCUUAACCCAGUAUGUCCUUCCACCCAUUUACUGUAAGUCCAUCAAUCAAAUGAGGUGACAGAAGGACGUUUUGAGAGUUGGGGCAUACCAGAUGAAAGUCUCACUCUACAAAGGCAUAUACCAAGCAGCUCAUAUACCAACCUUCAGUGGCCUACCUGCAAGAAAGGGAUUUCUCUGUUGCAUACAGUUCUAAGAUUCCUUAUCUUGGUUCAAGCCAACUUGUUCUAAGUGCUAUGGUUGUGGCUUAAUACCUGGAACUCAGUAAUUUGAUUGUGCCAUUGUCUCAGGGUGAUUAAUCAGCAAAAGCCAAAUUAAGCAGCAAUGUAUUCUGGAUUGUGCAAGGAAAAGUGUAAGUUGCCUGCAUAAAAUAUAUUUGUGCUAAGAGCACAGAUGAGACUGCCUAUUUUAAAUUCAGCUAUAUAUAAUAUUAAUACUUGAUAGUGUGCUUCCAUCAUUUCAGCAGUGUUGUUUACCACAUAUAUCAAAAUCAUAACGCUGGAGGUUUAGCUGAGAACAUGCUAAUGAAAGUAGGAUGCUAACAAAUAGAUUUAGACCUAAUACUCUGCAUCAGUACUUGGUAAAGGUUGCCUUUUGAAAGCUGAUGUUUAAUUUGUCCAUCUUGAUAUUUUGAAGCUGGAAAUAAUUUUAAGAGAUUUUAAUAAUAGGCAUUCACUUUCAUUCAUCUUAAGCAUAAUUCUGUCACUGAAUUUUAUCUAAUCACUAAGGUGCAUUUUUUUAAAGAACUUUCGAAGAAGUAGUUGUCUGGAUUGACAUUCCUUAUAGAGUUCAGUGAUAGCAAUGAUGAGUGGCUAACUAAGAAUUAUAUGUAUCAGAUUUUCUUGUGAGCCUGGAUUUUUUUAGAAGCUGUAAUAGAAAAUAGAUAUUGGCCCAUUAAAUUUUAAGAAAAUAAUCCAUUUGAAAGAGGAUGAUACAGUAAGUAUGUGCCAGCCUAAAUCAGUCUGAUGGGGAAAUCUGGCAUUUUAACAUCACUUGGCAUUCAGAAUGCAUUUCAGCGUACAGUUAGAAAAACUACUCAGUUGCAAAAUCUACUUACUUGAAAACUAGGGUCACUUUAAAUGAACAAAUUUUCAUGCUCAGCUUUGAGUCUUAUCUGGAAGAGGCAUAUGGAUGCAGCACCUGAGCAAGCUGUAAAGCUUUAGUUGUGAUAGAAUCAAUCCUAUUACUUUUCAACAGGCAGUGGGGUGCGUAAGAUUGACACAUUUGGUGUUUUGGCCAUAGGAACUGGUGAAAAGUUAGAUUAGCUUCAGAAGAGGAUAUUUACAAGUGAGUGUACUUAAUAUUGAAAACCUACAGUCAGAUAUUUAGAGCCAAAUUGGAUGUAAUAGCAGCAGCUCCUUGUGUUGUUAUAUAUGGAAGUGCCCUAAUUGCAUAGAAAGGUGGGAACAGGUGCUGCAGAAUCUCCUGCCAAGUAUUUCUUUCCUCAGCUGGAUGAAAAGCUAUAGGAGCAGAGGAGCUGCAGGGAGACAAGCUGAGGUACAGGGGGAGGAUUCAGAACCAUUUUGUAAUUUAAAUAGCCUCCAUCCACACACACACCCCUUCCUGCAUGGUUAGGACAGUGCUGUGUUUAAACAUACACAACUGUUGCUGUAGUUUCCGGCUUGGCCCUUAAAUCUAGGUGGGCUUGCACCUGCAAGAGUAUUAAAAACGAAGCUGCAAAUAUUUUCCUCGAAGGUGCAAUUGAAAAGGAGCCUUAAAGGUUGUAAUUGUACUAAAUAACUUUGUGCAUGGUUUAGCAUUAGUGGUGACUCUGCAGGGGGGGCAUCCCCCCCCCCGCCGCCUGUGGCCACCACAGCUUGCUACCAGCAAUUGCCUCUGGCCAUCUCACCAUCUGGCAGCCAGAGCCGGCAAUGCUCUUUUCCUCCUCUUUAGAUGCUACAGCUCCAGUGAAGGGGUUGGGGCAACGGAGGAGGCAAGGCAGGCAGAGGCCUUGCUCCCUCCUCCUGGGCCCUGCCCUCUGAGAUCACCUCCUCCUCUUGCCUCAUUGUAGAGUCAGCCAUAUUUAACAUUUCAGAAACUGAAAAGUCCUUUGAGUGAGAGAAACAAACGAGCGGUCGUCAGCUCUUCAGUUGUACUGAAGCUUUAUGAGUUGCACCGUUCUGUCAGAAAACAAAGUGGUAUAUAUUUCUCACCCUUGUGUUUUUAUGGCAAUGUUAAAAAAUACUUAUAUGUUUCAAUUCCACAUCUGUAUGCCAAUAAUAUAUAUACACAGGAGAUGCGGAAAUAUACAUAAGUGUGUGUGUUUUGUAAUAAGCCUUAUUCAAAAAUUAGGUACUUAAUUUAUGAUCUAAAAUUAUCCGUAGACAUUUGGACAUGAACAUUUUCACUUCAUUAUUCUGGCAGGAAUCUUGGGGUUACUUCUUGGGGGUUAGAUGAAGAACACAAGGAACUAGUGUGCAAGCUGCAUCUAGCAGAAGCUUAGAAGAAAUGACAACUUUUAUUCUACUACAUAUUUCACACAAUGAAGCACUUCUGUCAUCAGGUAGGGGGAGGUGAUUUCUGCUGAUUUUUCCCAACUUUGCCCACUGACUCUAGGAACAGAAUCCCAGAGGGCUGAGUGGGUUGAGGUGGUAGGGGGAAGCAGGAAAGGGCUGCGCCACACUCUGCUUGUGGAUCUCAUAGGAUGCCAAGCCAACAGACUGGGUAUGGAAAAGAAGAGCAGGUGUCAGAUUACUACCUUAUUGAUGGCAUUCAUCUCAAAGUAAAUUAUGAUAAAAUGGCAUUUCAAAAUGGUAAAACAGUACAACGUUCAAAUAGCUACUGUAAGGUCAACAGUAAUGCCAGUGUGUGAUUAAGUGACCUCUUCGUUAACAGGCUGCAUGGACAAUUUUAUGCCUCUUCUACAUUGUAUCUUAUGCCUUGACCCUUAGCAAUCAAUGUUUCAUGCACUUUUGGCAAUGAAGCGAAGUCAUCUCACUGUCAAAAUUAUUUGCGUCGCUUGUUGCUUCUUAGUUCACAUGGAUUUGUAAUAUUCAUUACAUUAACCGUGUUAAACCUGGGGGGGGGAGGGGGAAUGGGAAUCAUGCUAAUGUUGCAUGCUGUGAAAUGAGAAGUGUCAUUGUUGCACAUAACAAUACCUGUGUGUCUCUUACAUGAAUGAUGCUUUUAUGCAGCUACCUGUGAAGAAUAUACAAUAAAAGUCUAACAAA